AUGAUAUCGGGCGUCCUCAUCUUCAAUCAAAAGGGCGAGAACCUCAUUUUUCGCGCCUUUCGUAACGAUUGCCGCCCCCGCCUCGCCGAUGUCUUCCGCAUCCAAGUCAUCUCCAACGCCCAAGUCCGGUCGCCCAUCCUCACGCUUGGCAGCACCACUUUCAGCCAUGUCAAGCACGAGAACAUCUAUCUCGUCGCAAUCACAAAGAGCAAUGCCAACGCAGCGCUCGUCUUCGAGUUCCUCUAUCGCCUAAUUCAGCUCGGCAAGGGCUACUUUGGCAAGUUCGAUGAGGAGGCCGUCAAGAACAACUUUGUGCUGGUCUACGAGCUGCUGGACGAAAUCAUCGACUUUGGCUAUCCCCAAAACACCGAAACCGACACGCUCAAGAUGUACAUCACGACCGAGGGCGUCAAGUCCGAGUCCCGACCCGAGGAUACAUCAAAGAUCACUAUGCAGGCAACAGGUGCGCUCUCCUGGCGAAAGGCCGACGUGCGAUACCGCAAGAACGAGGCCUUUGUCGACGUUAUAGAGGACGUCAACUUGCUCAUGUCUGCGACCGGUGCCGUCCUGCGCGCCGACGUCACGGGCCAGAUCGUCAUGCGCGCUUAUCUGUCUGGCACGCCCGAGUGCAAGUUCGGGUUGAACGACAGGCUGCUACUGGACAACGACGGGCUGCAGAGCUAUCCGAGCGGGAACCGGGGGGGCACCAAGGCAACAAAGGCCGCGGCUGGCAGUGUCACGCUCGAGGACUGCCAGUUCCAUCAGUGUGUCAAGUUGGGCAAGUUUGAAUCAGACAGAAUCAUCAGCUUCGUCCCCCCAGACGGCGAGUUCGAGCUCAUGCGAUAUCGCGCCACCGAAAACGUCAACCUCCCCUUCAAAAUCCAUGCCAUUGUCAACGAAGUCGGGCGGACGAAGGUCGAGUACAGCAUCGGCAUCAAGGCCAACUUUGGCCCGAAGCUCUUUGCCACAAACGUCGUCGUUCGCAUACCCACGCCUCUCAAUACGGCAAAGAUUACCGAGCGGUGCACCCAGGGCAAGGCAAAGUACGAGCCCAGCGAAAACAACAUUGUGUGGAAGAUCGGCAGGUUCACCGGACAGAGCGAGUACGUCUUGAGCGCCGAGGCACUGUUGACGAGCAUGACCAAUCAACGAGCCUGGAGUCGGCCCCCCUUGAGCUUGAACUUUAGUCUGCUCAUGUUUACCAGCUCCGGCUUGCUGGUGCGGUACUUGAAGGUGUUUGAAAAAAGCAACUACUCUAGUGUGAAAUGGGUGCGAUAUAUGACGAGAGCGGGCUCAUACGAAAUCAGGUAG